CAUCACCUGUCUGCAGCAGUAUUUGCUGUGCAUGCCUCUGUUGAACUACAGCACCAGUGACCAUGUUCUAUCGUCGUCUCAGCUCAUCUGUGGUUUGACACCAGUCGCAGAGUUUAGUUUCAGUCGAGACUGAAGCCAGGUUUGACUUUCAGGCCUCGGAUAACGUCACAUUGCAUGCACAAAGCAGAAGCCUUUUUUUUCUUUCUUUUGCACUGUUCGACCUGCUAACCGCAAUGCAGGAAGCCAGAUAAGACACAGAGGAAGGAGCUGCAGCGUGAAACAGUUUCUUCAGAAACUGUGCUGACUUUUAAUGACUUGAGCGGCCGUGUUCUUGACGCUCAUUUAACCUGUUUGCUAGUGCACAACUGGAUUUCACCCUAAAGAUUCCUCCAACUCACUUUUAAUUCUCAUAAGGCUGAUUGCAUGUGAAUUAUGGUGUUACUACUUCAGACAUCUAUGUAGGUGACACUGACACCCACAGACCUGCCUUCCAACACCGUCAAGACACCCAUGAAACAAACACGAACAUCAGGGGAGGAAAAUAUCAAACUUUCUCAUGGAGAGGAAGACACAUUACGAUUCCAUCAUGGACCGAAGCAAACGCAUCACGUGGCAGGAUGACUGCUACGUGGAUCUUCAGUCUACCUGCUCUGCUUCAUCACGAGCAGAAACAGAGGAACUUGGCUGGAUCCCAAAGCAUCAAGACCAACUGCAAAGCUUCAUCACGCCCCCCUUCCUGGAGGAGAUUUUAAGCCACCUGACGAAGGUGGAUGUGCUGAGUUCAGCUGAGGAGACCAAGAUCAAGGAAGCAGGACAGUUACAAGACCAGGUUAACAUGCUCACCACUAUUGUCACUGACAAAGACAUUCAAGGCUCUGAUGCCCUUCAGGGGUUCAUAGAAAGCUCCAGUUCUCAGGUUGCCCAGCUCAUCAUAAACCACGAUUCCAUGGUGAAACAGCACAAAGAGGUGCUGUUACGUCGAUAUGAACAAUACAGAGAAAGAGACUCGGUCAGCUGCCCCAAACUGAACAUCUCCUCAAGAACCUUACUCCUGGUCGAUGGACUUUCUGACCUCCAACAAAAGGAACAUGACCUGAUGCAGGUGGGAGUGACUCGAGGAGGGAAAAGAAAUCAUCUGAGGCAGCUGGGGCUGGUGAAACUGUUUGAGCCCCUGACCCGAGUCAGUGUGCCUCCCAGAGUCUCCCUCACAGUCGGGGUGGCAGGUAUAGGUAAGACAACCUGGGUACGACACUUCAUCAGACAGUGGAGCCAAGGGGCCAUCUGUACAGAUGUACACUUUGUCUUACCUUUCACCUUCUGCGAGCUGAACUCAAUGGAGAAGCUUUCUGCCGAGAAGCUGGUGAAAAUGAGUUUUCCUCAUUUAACAGACCCCAGUCUGGUCCUGAACAGCUCCUGCAGGACACUGAUCAUACUUGAUGGUCUGGAUGAAUUCCGCUGCACUUUAAAUUUCUCAGACGCAGCUCCUUGCAAUGACCCAAAGAAAGAAGUGUCCAUUGACGACUUAAUUACGAACAUCAUCCGAGGGAAUCUGCUCCCCGAUGUUGCAGUUUGGGUGACUUCCCGGCCAGCAGUAGCCUCUCUGAUCCCUGGAGGACUGGUGGACAGAGUUACUGAGAUCCCUGGAUUCAGCCCUAAUGAAGUCCAGAUCUUCCUGAACCACCACUUCUCUGAGAGGGAUUUUGGCAGUAAAAUAUGGGCCCACCUGGAGUCCAACCAGAUCUUGAUGGUGAUGUGCUACAUACCAUGCAUUUGCUGGAUAGUAGCUGAUACUUUGUUGUACAUAAUGCAAGGUGAAACGCAGGAGAGCCUUCCAAAGACUUGUACUGAGCUGUAUGCCCAUUUUUGUUCCAUGAAAGCCGAACUAGGUGAGCCGAGAGGCAGGGAGCCUGUGAAAAUGGAGCAGCUUCACGGGAGCAAUCGGAAGCUGCUGGGGAAUCUGGGACGACUGGCCUUCUAUGGCCUCCUCAAACACAAGUACACCUUCAGCGAGCAGGACCUCAGGGCUUAUGGUAUAGAUCUACUGCUAACUCAAAGCAGUCUUGGAGCUGGAGUUCUUGUUCGGGAGGAAUCAGCCAUACACACAACAUACAGGUUCACACAUCUGACUCUGCAGGAGUUUCUUGCAGCUACUUUCUACCAUGUUUCCUCCAAGCGGGCCAUCUUUGACUUGUUCUCAGAGAGCACCAUGUCCUGGCCCAAGAUUGGUUUCCAGAACCACUUCAGAAGUGCUUUUCAACACUCUCAACAAGCUGAGGAUGGUCACUUGGAUGUGUUUGUGCGCUUCCUGACAGGCCUGCUGUGCCCAGUGGCUGUCAAACCUCUUGCUGGGCUUCUGGCUAUCGGGAAAGAUGAUGGCAGUCAGAAGACGUGGGCAGCGGGGUUUCUACAAGGCCUCUUGGUCAGUGGGGGAGCGGUGGUGUCCCUGCGUGCAGUCAACCUGGCUUACUGUUUACAGGAGCUGCAACAUACAGAGCUGCUGCGGAGUGUAGAGGACGAUUUACGGCUCGGUAAUCUCGCUGGGAAGUUGACACGACCUCACUGCGUAGUGCUGGGAUACCUGCUGCACGUGUCUCCAGAGUGCAGCAACCAGACCAACCUAACAUCCUCUCUGAACUACGCAACGGUGAAGUGUUUGCUUCCACAGCUGCUGUACUGUAGCCAUCUCAGGUUAGAGAACAAUCGCUUCAAAGAUGAUGUCAUGGAAUUGCUGGGAAGCCUCUUGAGUGCCAAAGAUUGUCAUAUCCGGAAAGUAAGUUUGGCAGAGAAUUCCAUCACCAACAAAGGGGCCAAAGCCCUGAGUCGAGCCCUCCUGGUGAAUCGCACGCUAACUUCUCUAAAUCUCCGGAGCAACAACAUCGGCUCCAAAGGUGCAAAGUUCCUGGCAGAGGCUCUGAAGAUGAAUCAAGUUCUAAUAUCAAUCAACUUCCAGAACAAUGCCAUUGAGGAGGAAGGUGCUCAGGCACUUGCAGAUGUGCUACAGUGCAACCGCAAACUAGUGUCCCUGAAUAUACGGAAGAACACAAUUGGAGCAGGUGGAGCCAAAAGGAUUGCAGAUGCACUGAAGAUAAACCGGACUCUGACAAAGCUGAUUCUUUGCAGCAACCAGCUUGGGGACAAAGGAACAGUUGCUCUGGCAGAAGCUUUGACACUAAACCACACUCUGUUGUCGCUCCAACUUCAGAGCAACUCAAUCAGCAACCGUGGAAUGACCGCCUUAACCAAAGCACUUAGGCUGAACCGUGGCCUUGUCUCUUUGAAUCUAAGGGAGAACUCCAUUGGUGUGGAGGGAGCAAAGAACAUGGCAUAUGCACUCCACGAGAACCACUCUCUGCAGGACCUCGAUCUCACAGCUAACCUGUUACAUGAUGAAGGGGUUCAAGCAAUAGCCGGUGCAAUCAAGUUCAAUCGCGGCCUCAUCUCUUUGCAUCUCCAGUGGAAUUUCAUCAAGACCAAGGCUACUAAAGCUCUGGCCCACGCACUUCUGUCCAAUUCCACCAUGCAGCUGUUGGAUCUACAGGAAAACGCUAUUGGGAACGAAGGAGUCAUUUGUCUUGCUGAAGCUCUGAAAACCAACACGUGUCUGCGUACAUUAUGCCUCCAGGGAGUCUCUGCAGGCAUGACUGGUGCGAUUGCAAUGGCAGAAGCUCUAACAACCAACCAAACCCUGCAAACAUUAGAUCUGCGUGGGAACGCUGUAGGGAUGGAAGGAGCAAAGGCUCUGGCCAAUGCCUUGAAAAGCAACAGAAGCCUCAAGUCACUGAAUCUGCAGGAGAACUCUCUGGGUAUGGAUGGAGCCAUAUUCAUCGCAACAGCCUUGAAGGGAAACCACCAACUGACAUACAUCAAUUUGCAGGGAAAUGGCAUUGGAGAAUCAGGAGCAAAGGUCAUAUCUGAUGCUAUAAGGGCCAGUGCUUCCGGCUGUGUGGUCGACAUCUAACCCAGCAAAGAGCAGCCUUUAGCGAGGAAAAUCAUGCCUGCACCAGCAUACCAGUAAACUAUGUAAUUUAGUCAAACUCUAGCUGUACAAAAGAUUCAUUUUAUAAGGUUCACUGUAUUUUAUUUUAUUUUUUCAGAUAAAUAUUGUAAUAUAUAUUUUGACAGUCACAUUAAUCCUGAAGCUACAGUUCAGGUUCAUGACAGGAAAAUAAUCAAGAGAAUACAUGAAUGGCACCAUAUCGUAAAAUGUAAAUAGAAUAUAAUGUAAAAUACACUCAGUAUGCACAACAAGUUAGAUCAGAUAUCCCUUUUUUUGUCCUAGUAAAGAUGUCAUUCUGUACUUUUGCUCUUUUUGCACAAUUGAAUUUGAUGUAUAGUAAUAAAGUGAAUAAGACACAAUGCAUAGCAGUUUUAUUCCACCUGUUAAAAUAUGACCCUGCCAAGAUUUGUAAACACAUUUAUUCUAACUUUUGUCUAAUCCAUCAUCUGUUGGCUUCAUUAUGUCUUCCUGGCAACAGUUGCGUACCAGAAAUACCGAUAUGAUUCAUUGCAGAAAUCAUUUCUAUCUGUGAGGAAGAUUGUUUAUACCAAGACUUCACUUUGAAGUGGACUUCAUUUGGAACAAAUCUUUGGCUGAAACAUGGAUCUUACUUGUGUUUGCAUGUGAAGGAUGCAAACAUAUUUUCUGGAUAUAAUAAGAAUCAGAAAGAACAUCUUGAGGGCCAUUUGUAGAGAAAGUCAAGAUUCACCUGGGAGCAAUUUACAGAUUCAGGACACAUUUAGAAAAAAAAGUUUAAUAGAAAUGUAUAGAAAUAUCCUUGACAUAUUAUGACAACUUGUUCAAACAUUUUGCAUGUAAAGACUUAUGCCAUGAACUAAUGUCUAAAUGCUGUGGAGGGUUCGCUAGUCACUUACUACAUAUACUAAUCAGAAGUUUCUGUUUCUGCCACCAGUUCUGUGUGCAUAAUUGUGUGUAUAUAUAUUGUUGUAAAUAAAUUAUUGUUCUAUUCAA